UUUCCAAUACAUAAGCAGCCGUCUGAGCAGCACAAGCAGAAGAACGCACUAGAAGACGGAACAAACAGUUGCACCUGACUUGUUCUUGGAGACAGCCUUGAGAAGGAAAAGGAUGGUUCGAUUCCCACACCCAAUACAAUCCACUUCAACUUCCCCACCGUAUAAAGCUUUUCAUUACCCAAAUUAUCAUUUCUGAACUGACAGUAUUGCACGAUCUCCAUCAUGAUCCUUCUAAUUGCUUAUCUUGCGAUCUUCUUUGCAUUAUCAAAUGGUUCAAGUUAUAAUAGUCCGGAUCACACAGACAAUCUUACUGAUCUAAAUCCACCGACAAACUUCAGGAUUGUGGACAUGCAGUUUGGAGUACUGACAUUCGCAUGGGAUAGUAACCUCAGUGAAGAGACAAUGACUAAGUUUAAAGUUAAAUAUAUAUAUACAGAGAAAUACUUUGAUGCUGCCCAGUGGGAAAGUGAAUCCAGACUAGAUGACCCAGAGUUCGAAAACAAGUUUGAAUUACAUAGGGGCGUUUCUGUACGAAUUAAAAAUGUGGCCACACAAGGCGUCAAAUUCAAAGGCAGCAACUGGACUGUAAUGGAGAUACCACCAUCAGGUGAUCCAGAAACAUUAGUAUCCAACUUUUCGUGUGUUCUGUACAACAACACGUUCAUGAAUUGUACAUGGCGACCUGGAAAGAAAGUUCCAACUGGUACACGUUAUAAAAUGUAUUGCAAACAGGAAGACGUCGAAAUAAAAUGUGCUCAUUACUAUACAGACUUGGAUGGAAGACAAGGCUGUCAUAUUGGUGAAAAUGGGAUUGAUCCCAGUGAGGGUGUCCUAAUAUGCAUCAAUGGAUCAAAUAAUUCUUCACCAAUUAGGCCCUAUUACACAGAGGUUAUUCCACGGAAGAUUGAGAAAAACAAUCCGCCAUUCAACGUUGAGAUCUCAUCAAACCUAACUGUGACAUGGGAGAAGCCUUCAGGUUGCGUUAUUAACAAUCAUUGCCUGGUAUACCAGUUGCAACUCACGGAAUUGGACGAGAAUAACAUUGAGAUACUCCAUGUUAAAAGUGACACUAAGUUUAUCCUCAUUAAUGCCAACUCUUUGAAGCGUUUCUCAGUGAAAGUGCGAAUGAAGAUGAAAGGCUGCGGGGAAAGCAAGUAUUGGAGUGACUGGAGCAAUGAAGCAUUUUUUGAGCCCAAGAAGACGUUUAAUGGCCGCAUAUUUGUGCUUGUAUUCAUUAUAAUCCUUGUAUUGGCAGGACUGCUUCUAAGAAUAAUUUUCAGAAGGUACAAAAUCAUUAUGUUCCGCCCUGUACCUGAUCCUCAGAGGAAGUUCAAAGAAUUGUUUGAGGAACACAACGGUGAUUUUCAGAAAUGGCUGGGCUACCAGAUACCAAUUUCUAAAUAUGACGACUGUUGCACAGUUGUCAUUGAAGAAAACAUCAAUUGUGCAGCUUAAGAAGAAAUCUACUUCUACCAUCAGCACAUUGUAUACCUCAGCUCGUUGUAUACCUCAGAGUACAUCCUCAUCCCUUGAGUCAAAGCCAGUAGCCUGAAUCACCCCAUAACAUAAACAAUGGUCAUUGUCGAUCAAGAUUCCUCAUGAACGAUCUCGCAGGAGGAUCACUGACCUGAAACAUUACCUUAAUAAUAAUAAUAAUAAUAACUUUAUUUACAUAGCACUUUUCAUGCAAUUGAAUGCAACCCAAAGUGCUUUCCACAAAAACACAGGUCGAAACAAAAAUACAAUUGAAAACAGUGAGGACACAGGCAGUUAAUAGCAGAAAAAGCUCAGAUUUAUAUAAAAUUAAAAAUAAAAACAUGAGAGUGUAAAAGGACAAAAUACAAAACCACUGAGGUCAAAUACAGUCCCAUAUACUAUAUGAGCACACAAGGGUAUACUGAGAUCAAUACAAGAGAAUAUAGGUAAUGUUUACAAUGUCAUCAGAAGAAGUAAUGUCAGCCAAAAGCUUGAUUGAAAAGAGAAGUUUUUAUCUGAAAUGUCAUCUGGACGGUUGAGUAAUCACUGAUUUCAUUCUGAAUGAUUCUAUUUGAAUGCCAGCUUCACCAACCACAAGGUGAAUAUGGAAGACAUUUCAAGUGUGUCGAAUGCAGUUGUCAAAACUUCGCCUCAUCGCAAACACGUUUAUUACUUGCUCACAAAAGAGGUGGUGCAGCUGGUGGAGCUGCUGCCUCACAGCACCGGAGACCCGGGUUCAAUACCUCUGUAUGGAGUUUGCACGUUCUCCCUGUGACCGUGCGGGUUUCCUCCAGG